AUGUCUUCUUUCAAGUCGCGUCGAGAUGAUGGCUUCGAAACGUUUAAAAGGUUUGGAACGUUUGCAUCGGUCGAGCUCCGCAAUCUCCGACUGGGACCCGUUGAUGAUUAUUUGGACAGCAUGGCCAAUCCUCCAGAAUCAUUUCGCAGCCGGAGUGCUCGCUGGUUGGUUCCGUUUUUCUUGAUCUUGAUUCCUCUCUGGGUAAGUCUUGUCAACAAGGCUGUCCCAGAACCCUACCUCGACGAAGUCUUCCAUGUCCCGCAAGCACAAGCAUACUGGGCGCAUAAGUGGACGCAAUGGGAUCCAAAGCUUACAACACCGCCGGGCCUGUAUUUGUGCUCAUACAUCGUCUUCGCUCUUGUGUUGCUGCUACGCGGGUCCCCGACAAAGCUCACCCCGGAGGUCCUGCGCAUGACGAACGUCGGCGCAACAACAGUUGUUUUCCCCUGGAGACUGCAAAAGCUGCUUGAUACCUUACAGAAAACGACAAAUACUCGGCCGUUGGGAGCGAAUGUGUCUCAUACCGUGCUGAACAUUUGCUUGUUCCCCCCGCUGUUCUUCUUCUCUGGCCUCUACUACACCGAUGUUCUUGCUUUGCUGGUUGUCGUGGAGGCAUACAAUUGGGACCUGAAGAGAGAUGCAGAGAGAGACCAGAAAAGCGGCUCCGGAAAAGACACGAAAAAAGCACCUCGCAACGAGAUUCUUGAGACUUUGGGAUUCUUGGCUUUUGCGCUAGCUGCACUAGCCUUUCGACAGACCAAUAUCUUCUGGGUCUCGGUUUUCCUAGGGGGACUUCAGGUGGUCCGCAAGAUUCGAAAGUCUGCGUCACCUUGCAUGUCAUCCAAAGUGACAACUAUUGUGAAGCAAGGUCUGCAGAAUGAGGUAUAUGAUCCUCUCAUUUCAGAGGCCUCCUUGGAAGAUUACCUGAAGACUGCUAUUUCACUUGCGACUGUCGGCCUGAAGCAGCCUUUCUCUCUGCUCGUUUCUCUCAUUCCUCACAUCCUCGUCCUUGCGGCCUUUGGUGCAUUUGUACUUUGGAACAACGGGGUCGUCCUAGGUCACAAAGAGUUCCAUACCGCGGGUAUCCACCUAGCUCAGAUGCUCUACAUCUGGCCGUAUUUCACCUUCUUCUCGUGGCCUCUUUUCGUCAUUCCUCUGAUCAAUAUUCUCGCCUUCAAGCCACUCCCUAAAUAUUUGAACCUCGGCUUCCAGGCGAAACAGAGAAAAUAUCCCAAGCUCAAGGCAGCUCUGAUUGUGAUCCCGCUUAUGCUUGCCGUCGUCCACUUCAACACCAUCGUGCACCCUUUCACCCUUGCUGAUAACCGACACUAUGUGUUCUACGUAUUCCGCAUUCUUCUACUCCACCCAGCAGUCAAGUAUGCUGCAGUGCCAAUCUAUUUCCUCUGCGGAUGGGUCGUGAUCUCAGCCUUUGGAUUUACCACCAUCCAACGUCCGCCCAAAACCCUGCGUGUUCAGAAAUCUACCCCAGCUGCGCCCCCGGCUCCAGCUCCUGUCCCGGCUCCUGCUCCGACUCCGGCCGUAGCAGCUCAAGAACCCAAACCCACUUCGUCUUAUGUGCGCAAGCCUUUAGAGGCGCACCAACAGCCACCAAAGGGAACGAAGAAGCCCAUCCGGAAGCCCAAGAAGGCUGAUCCACCAGCAGAGACCAAGAAGACCGGGUCAUUAGCAGAGACCAAGAAGACCGAGUCACUAGCAGAGACCAAGAAGACUAGUCAGACUGAGCCACCAGCAGAGGUUACGGAUCCAAAUGAUCCCGCAGUCCUGGCUAGGGUCCAGGAACACAUCUCCGCGCGGCAGAGAGAUAUACUGGAGGCACCGCGCGUCAGCUUCGUCCUUAUUUGGCUGGCCGCUACUUCCCUGUCUCUCAUCACUGCGCCCCUCGUCGAGCCCCGAUACUUUAUCAUUCCGUGGGUUAUGUGGCGGGUGCAUCUUCCUCCUCUGCCAUGUCUGUUGAGAGACCGAGAGACUCGGCCCCGUACAGAGGAAGCUAAGCGCCGCGCUGACCUCGUUAUCAACUUACCAAAAUUCGUGGAGACGGCUUGGUUCUUGAUCAUCAAUUUGAUCACCGGCUAUGUCUUCCUGUACAAGGGCUUUGAGUGGCCGCAGGAGCCUGGAAAGAUUCAGCGCUUCAUGUGGUGA